CCUACGCGCGCCCCCGCAACCGAUUGCAUAAAUCCCCGCCCGCCCCCCGAUGUUCUUCUGGUUGUCCGUGUUCGCCAUCUCGACAUUGCUGGUAAUGUUGACGUUCCGGUACCGAGCUGCGCUCAUCAACCCCAUGCGGUCCCUCUUUGGGCCCCGUGUCGCGCACUACCAGCCCGUGGCGACGUUCGCGGAGCAGGCCGACGCCGGCCUGUCCUCCUCGACGUUCGACAUCGAGGCGAACAUCCGUGACGGCGACUCUCGGGCUGGUCUCGACGAUCGUGGUACUCAGGAGGUGCUGGACAUCAUGCGCCGGGAGCGUGUAAACUUCGACCAGGCGAGGCUGAUUCGCCAGAACCGCAUCCUUGCUGCGCAUGGCAUCGACCCUUCAGGCAUGCCACUCGACGCCAAGGCCGUCACCCGCCUAUGAUCGAAGACCUCAUUCCCGUCGUCUUUGGCACCCCUUGUCAUCUCGAUAUUCCCAUCCUCCAACCCUCAUCUACCGAACCCACCCCUCUCACCCCUCUCCUCACCCUCGGCAUUAUUUGCUGAAAUAACCAUCCCCCUCUCCCUCCCCAUGUCUCCCCCUUGUUGUCGUGUGCUUUCUCCCCGGAUAACGAUGCGCCGCAUCGGCCCCUCACACCAUCCUUGUUGUCUUUCUUGCUUGUUUUUCCUCC